AUGCUGUCGGAUGCGGGAGAUUCGACCAUCAACGAGGUUGAUGCGAUGACACUCAGUGUUGCGUUUACAGCAGCCACGUCACGCAAAGUUCCAUGGCGCAUUCAGCAGAGACUGGAUUGCUCUCUCAUAACUGGUCCCCGAGGCGAAGACCCACGUCACUCGCCUCGCAUUCUCAAUGCCGUCGCCGCAUCCGCCCUGUUGGUCAAGCUCAAACGGUUGACAUAUCUUCUCGGCAGCAUGGCGUUCUCGAUGUUGCUUGCCAAGUUGGCCACCAAGCAUGUCACACCACACAAGGAUGAAAUCUUAUUGAAAUAUGUUGGAGUACACAUGUUCAGCAUCGUGUCUGGUAUGAAUGCCUGCCCUCGCCAGCAAGAAAGCCAGAUCCACCGCCUAACUACUGGUAUCUCCACGUCGAAUAAAUCAACACUGUUCUUGCAAUACGUCGAAUACGUGGAAUGCAUGAACAAGAUGUCCAAAGUCAAGGAAAGAAACAUGUUCUCCAAGGUGUGGGACGACACAGUCAAACGCCUGGGCUCCCUAGAAAUACAAGAGCAGCGCAAGGCGUCAAAUCGCGCGGGUCGCUCAGUCAUCAGCUUGGGGCUAGUGGAGACGAUGAGUCGUCCAGACGGCAUGGAGGGUACCACCGGCACCCAAAAGACAUCACAUCAAGCACCUCUCUGGUGUCCUACGAAUUCUACUUUUCUCCAACAUGCACAUGUCCAGCAGCAUGCCUGGGACUUUGCCACGAUCAGCGGUCGUAUCGAGCCAACAGAGUCGCCUACAGGCUUCUUGACGAGCGCGAGACCCCAGACGUCGCCGCAACAAGUGGUGCGUCGUGUCGCAACAUGCCAUUUCUGCCAGAAGGUGCGUACCUACAUUGGCGCGCACAUUCCAGCGGAAAAACUGCGUUGCGGCGGCAUGGGCCAAGCGUGA